UUCUUCUUAUUUUUGUUGCAGCUGUGAAGUCAGUCAGUCGAUGUUCGUCAUGAAGAUUGUGCUGCUGCUCACGCUCCUCACAGCCUCUGGAUGUCUCAGCAGCAGAGUUGACGGUCAAACAGGUGAGAACAUCACCUUCACCUGUAGGUAUGACAGAAAAUACUACGGAGCUCUGCCGGUUUGUUGGAAUCAAGGAGACAUACCAAGUCAGGGUAUGUGCAACAACCAGCUGAUCUCCACAGAUGGAAAUAAAGUGAGCAGAGUUUCCAGCAGGUAUCAGCUGAUGGGACGACUGGACCAAGGCGACGUUUCUCUGACGAUACUGAACCUGACAGAGGACGAUGCUGGACGCUAUGGAUGCCGGGUGGACAUACCUGGAUGGUUCAAUGAUCAAAAACAUCACUUUGAUCUGACCGUUAGAGCUUCACAUGUGACCACGACCACAUGGACAGCAGCAGAGAUGACCACAGAGUCGACACCAACCAAUCAGAGUGAAGGUAGCCCAGGUCACAUGACAUCUACAGGACGCCUGAUGUCCUCGUCCAGCAGCGUCAGCAGCAACGAGCCUCAGGAAAAGGAAAGCAGCAGUUUGACGGUGAUUCUGGUGUGUGUUCUGUUCGGGAUCGUGGUUCUGCUCACUGCCAGCGGACUCGUCUUUAUCACCAGAAGAUGGAAGCGACUCAACAAAAUGCCUCAGCAGCAGAUCAGCAGUUUGGACCAGUUCAGUCCGUCGUCGUCCACGUUGCAGCUCCACAGUCGAGGCUCGACGGUGGAGAACAUCUACCAGAUCGACGGAGGCGACUACGAGUACUGUCCCUGAAGCUCCGCCCCCUGGAGGCGGGACCACGGCGAGCUGUGGUCCUCGAGCCGUAAACGUGGACACGAAAGUCAGAACGAACUGUGAAAAUGAGCAGAACUUCGGGAGAGAAGUCAACUACAAAUCCCAGAGAGCACUGCUGUGGGAGUCGUCCAAUCAGAGAGCUUUUGUUUUUAAAUCGUCCCCAUGCUGAGUUCUGGAAGCUGCCAUUUUGUAUUUUUCCCCAAAUCGUGCAGGACAGAGCACCAUUCUGGAGACUCUUUACAGGAAUCAUUUCAUGUAUUUCUCAGGAUUUAAUUUAAUAAAACUAAAAUCGAACAGUUUA